AGUAUGAAUAUGUCCAGACUAUUUGUGUCAGUUCAAUGAAUGAGUGAUAAUUCCAGCAGCAGUUUGUACUUAAUGAAAGCUUUCACUUUGUUGUUUCAACCAACUGAACAAAAAGUGCUGUUUUUUAUUCUCAAACGUGUCUCCCAAGAACUUCACAAACUUUUGUAAUAUUUUUUAUGACUUAUGUCUCCUGUUUGUAACAUGAAUUUUACAUUAUGUCACAGUCUAUUUACAGAUGAGCAGUAUUAAGUAGAUGGCACUGAUACUUGUUGACAGGAAUUAUAGGAUGCCAGGUACUGAUCUUGUCUGAAUGGAAAGCUUUGUGGACUAGACAUUGGCAUAGCUGGCAUGAUGAUCCUCAGAUAUAUUCCAGGAAAAUAUAGGUCGAGGUCUCCACUCAGACUAGACUGAACCCAUCCCAGGGGGGGAGAUACCUUGGAUGUGCCACGAGGUCGAUACUGGGUUUGGCAGCUGAUAUUCUUCCAUGUGUUGAUAGUGUAAUUGUAUUUCCAGCAUCUUAAAGCUCUCUUCUGAUUGGUCAGCCGUAUGCUAUAUCAGCCUCAGAGUUAUCUGUUGUUGUGGUCCUGUCAUCACUUCCAUUACAGAAGCCAAAGAACGGCUGUGAGUGACACAGUUACGUUAGGUGGGAGCUGCAGUUUUUUCUGUGAACAGAAAAAUAGAUUUCUUCCAAGCAGAUCAAAUCAAAGUCCCUCUAAAUUUAUGACAAAGUAGCACCUCUGUUAGGCUUUCAAAUGUGUUCAUUUGCAUGGUUUUAUUUACACAGUGACCUACUUUACACUUUCAUUUCACAAUACACAGGAAACAGAAAGUCAUUGUUGGGUGUUUUUGCUGCAUUGUGAAAUGUAGUUAUAUCACCGUCAUAAUACAACGGAUUGACUUCACUGUGUGUUGACUACAUCAUCAUUAAUACACAUAUAUUUCCCAUAUUACAAGAGUGAUCUGCCUAAUCUGCCAUCAUUCUGUAAUAGAUGUAGCUGCUAUUGCUACCACAGUCUUUCUUGUCAUUUUGCCCACUGCCCUUCUUCUGUGUAUUAUCAGUCUCAGCUGUCCAACAGCUCCCAUACCUGGUUUUACUAUCCUGACAGACCUGAAGGCCACUUACCCCCUCUGCCUGCCUGCACCAGUGCAGUGGGCAUGAAGGAGCAUGAGGCCGGCUGCUCGCUACCUCCCUAUGAUUUCACAGCCAGCCACAACACAUGUGGGUGUCAGUCAUAAAGGCACAAACAAAAGCUGAACUCCGACUCUGGGGGCCUGGAAUCCAUCUUUAGUUGUCUGUUGUCCAAGCUUUUGUCAUUCUCUUAGGAUCACAUUAACCUGUUGUCCUCCUGUUCACAUAAAGCCAGGUGAAAUAAGGACAUACAGUAGAAACUGUUGAUAUGGUCAGCACAUUUGAACAAGCAAAACUUGCUUGUCUGUCAUUUAGUCAACAAAAGUAGCAAUAGAUGAAGCACUCUUCUGUUGAAAAAGUACUUACACCCUUGGCAUCAGAAGCUAGUAUCUCACCCCCUUCAGAUAAAUAACUUCUUGGAGGCAUUUUGCAUAAAAAGUCCACCAGUCUUUUAAAUUGUUGAAUUUAUUUACCACUCUAGUAUGCAUUUUUGUUCUGUAGCAAAAUUUUCUUGCAGGUGUAAUGCACAUUUCAAACCCCCUAUGUCAUUUCCUGUACAUUGCAGUCAUGUUUCUGCCAAAAUACAGUUUAAUAUACUACUUAUAUUUCUCUACAAUUCUGUCUGAAUUCCGAUACACACUUCCGUCUUAAACAUGUAUGUAUGCCAAUUUCAGAUCUCCAUAUCUUUCUGUUCCAUUUCACAGUGGACCAACUCUGUCCCAGCUCGCUAACUGGCUAGCCUAAGUUAUGCAUUUGUUACAGACUAUGUCUCUUGGACUUGUUUGUAUUUCACUGAAGGUUCCUCAGUGGUUCUGUACAUAAAACAAUACACUUCCCUACAACAAUCAGUGAAUUUCUGUUCAUCUGUAUUUAUUGAUCUAAUUGAUGAUUAGAAAACUCUUGUGCAAUUAAAUUAGCACAUGAAUAAAAGUGUGAAUUUUCAUGGAAAACAUGAAAUUGUCUGACUGAUCCCAAACUUUUGAAUGGUAGUGUAUGUCAAAUUAAACUUCCACACUACUAAAACAGACCCAAAAAAAAGGCAAAAAUGUAGAAUAUUUGUGUAUCAAUAAGAAUUACUACACAAAACAAACAUACUGUAAAUGCCAUAUUUUCAGAAUUCUUACACAUUUACAUUCAUUUCUACCAUCUGAGGUUUGAUGAGCACUCUUUUGAUUAUGUUGUGUUGCUGCACCCUCGUCUUUUCAGUACUGGCUGCUGCUAUCUUGAUCUGCUCUCCCCCUUAUGUAUAACAGAAAAGCACAAUAAUUUACCCCUUUUUGAACAGAUCUUCUGGAAAUUCUGUAAAAAUCUGCACCACGUUUACACGGAAACUGGACUAGUCUUGGAAAGUGAACUUACUUAACAAACUCAAACAGCAGAAGUAAAUGAACUUGUUACUUUACUUUCUGUUACUCAACUUAGUUCAAUAACUUCUAACAGCUCCAAAGCCACCACUGCCACUCAUGGUGAUAUUUCCUGAUCACAGCUAGGUAAAUAUCAACCCUCUCAAAAGUCACAUUUGUCUCUACCAGAUCUGAUUUGUGCAUAUACAAGAUUGCAGCAAAAUGUCAUAAAAUGGCACAAAACUCACGUGAAAAGUUCAGCUCAACCAGAGUGUUUAAAUCGAGGCUGCAGAUUCAACUGAAAUGUAUCUCUGAGGCUGUUGACAGAGCAGACAGCAGUUUUUUCAUUUUUUGUGCCUAGCUAGCUGCAUGUUUUUGUAAUAUAUGUGAACUGAUGCUACAACACAGCAAUUUCAGCUUCAUCUCAUUUUGAAGAAAUACAAUGGUGAUUACUUUAGGAUCUUCCGGUGUUCCUUCAGUUCUGCUGUGCUGUCAUCAGCAGUGAUCUUGUUCUACUCGCAUUGUUUGUCCCGAGACAGAUGAUGGAUCUUGCGUACAGUAAACGGUUUACGCUCAUGCAUGCAUGGCUCACAUCCAGCAGUGACUCACACUGGUUAGCAGCAAAGUCCUCACAGUAAAGCCUUCGAAACUUCGGACAAACCCUGGUCAUUAUAAAUAGACUUUGCAGUUCCUAGCUUGCUUGUUGGCUAUAUAUAUAUCAUGUACUAAAAAGAACUUUUGGUACAGGCACCACGCUUCAAAUCAGGAAGCUGGCACAUCUUGGAUGAGUCUCUCCUUUGAAUACAUAAAGUCAAAAUAUUACCCAUUCAGUUCCAACAAAUCGUAGACUUCUACCAGGAUUAGUGGUUUAGUGUCUUAAUUUUAAACUGAAGGUUUAAAAGUAAUCAUUACUGCCCAGUGUCCACAAAUAUCAGUAUGUCUACAAUGUUUAAAUAUCGUUUUACAUUUCCAUUCAUUGUAGCAUGUAUUAGCUUUUUGGCUAGAACGUACAGUUAUAACUCUGAGUAGCUGUCACUGGCUCUAUUUUGCUCUUGAACGCUUGGAUGCUAACAGAGAAAGGUUUGGUGUUGAAGGGGAAUGAGGUCCAUGUGAGGACAUAUUCUGGGCUUGACACUGUUAAAAAAGAAAUCCUCUCGGGUGCAGAAUUUCUUGUGCCAACCUGACCUCCCCAAACAAGUCAGUCUAUCUCCUUACACAAAUGCAGGGACUUCCUGUUAUUAAAAUGAGCACACCACAUUUUACAAGAUCUACUGGUGCAAUAAUCAUAUUGUUUCAGUAUUUAUAUCCAUUGCAUGUCUUGACUUUUUAAUGUGACUCUGAUUCAGACAUUGUAUAACUGUACAGUAUUUGUGUAUUCAGUACACAUGUUUGCAAUGUGAAGAUCAUUUUUUGCAGAAAGUAGCAUGUGUGAAGCCAUUUAACUAACAUGUACAAGUUCUGAAUGAUUAGCUGAAGUGUGAAAGGUGCAGUCAGCAGAGGGGCAGGCUGUUACCUUAUGAAAAGCAUGACAAAAAUAGACUGGCUUAAAAAUGGCACCUUGAUGGAGGACACCACAGCGGAUGCUGAGGCCACAGGCAGAGAAGAGCUUACAAAGAAACUGUGAUUUCAUACUUUCACAUUUUAUUCUGUGGCAGUUAUACUAUUAUAACAGCUGAUUGUGAUGUCGUUGGCGCUUGGACUUUUUAGUAAAAAUGUAUAUAAAGAGAUGGCACAUAGCAGAAUAAUGGUGAAUCUUAACAUUUCCGUUAAUAUACAGGUAGUGACCUAUGUAUAGUACUCUUAAGAUGAAGUUGAGCCUCGGUAUUUCUCAAACGCUUGCACAGGAAUGUACUGGGUCAAACUUUAAAUGUGACCUCAUCCGUUGACAUCCUCUGGUUCACAAAGGGUACCAAGUCAACAAAAUGCCCCCUCCAUUUCAACAUAAUCUCACAGCAACAACAGAUGCAUCAGUCAUAAACCCCCCCAGCCCUGUAAACAGAGGUUGAACAACAAGAAUUGGCUCAGUCCCACCUUGGUCACAUCAGUCAGCAGAUGUCUGCCUCCUGCUACCAGUCUCCACUCCAGGGACUCUUAUUUGGAGUUGUGUGAUGCAAUGAGGUAUAUCAGAAAGCUUGUUUCUCUGGGUACCAGAGGCAAAAUGCGUCAGCUGCUAAAUAUUAGCCAGUGGUGUAACCAAGUAAGAGCUCCCCACCCACUCUGUUGUCCAAUGCUAAGCAGAUCAAUGCCUUCUCUUCGGUGACAUGAAGGCCCCUAUUGUGUUUUCAAAGGUGCCAAACAGUAAAGUUAAGGUCCAUGUGGGAGCCUGUCAGCCCUCACUGCUUAGUUACAAAAAUAACCAAUGACAGUGUCCAUUUCAUGCUGCUGCUCUGUCUUGCCCUGCCACUCGACACCUGCUGGUUAUUCCAAUGUGAGCUGGCUCGCCGGGUCCUGUGUUGCUGCUCAGUUUGGCCACACUGACUUGGGCGUCUAUUUUGGUAUCUUUUGAGCUUGCUAUCAGGAGCCCGGCCGUACCAGUGCAUUUGAACAUGGAUCUGAGGGCUUGACUCACUUUGCAGGUGGUACUGCACUGGAUUCUUGGAUUCUACAUUAAGGAUUGUCUUUGAUACCAGAGUCUGUGUUGGACUCUUGCAUUCAGCAUGGAAGACUUAUCGCCAAGGAAAUUUACGUAUCUCUCCACUUCCCUGAUGUCCACCUGAGCCGGAAGAGAACUGAGGAUCUACGGAGCUGCACCAGCUACAGAGGAGGAAAGACUGGUGAUGACAAGACAGAAAGACGCUGUCUUGUUGACAUCAUGAGCUGUGUGGAAAAGCGACACAUGAGCCAUCGGGUGGGAAGCAUGCUUCACCAUCGCUUCCCCAAUGGCUUCACUGACCUGUUCAUGGAUGAGACUGAUCGGGAGGUCAGCACUCUCACCGAUCGAGCCUUCAGAAGCCUCUGUGUUGGAGAUGACGCAGUUUACAACGACGAUUUCUUGUACGGAUACUCGCCUUUCAGCUGCCACAAACCUUUGGUGGGGGAGCUUAAAAAGAGUCAUCAUAAGGAAUCAAAAAAACAAGGGCAAAACAAAAAUGACACGCAGCCAUGGAAGCAGCAGCAGAAGAAUAUAUCCCAGAUGUCAUCUUUCCUCAAGGCACUAAGCGCCACAGAGGAAAGCUGUGAGGGGAUGUUAAUCAGAAAUGGAGGCACGACAGACUCUAACGGGGAAUCAUGGGAUAAGUCGGCACUUCGCAGUAUCCAAAGAGAGCUUUCAGAAUUCUCAGAUUAUCACAGCGGCCUCACAGAUAGACAUUACAAGAACCAUCAUCGACAUCAGUCUGGCGAUGGUUCAUCUAACAAAACCAGCAAAGACCUUGGCCUUCCCUCAGGGAAAUCUACAAAGACUAAAAAUGGGAAAUCCACUGUCAAACUAAGAAAACUGAACAUCAAAAACUUUUUCCUCCACAGUGAGUUUAGUCCUUUUCAGACAUGGACAGAUUUUAAUCGGUUCCCCUUUGGCCAGGAGGACACAGUCACUUCUAUUCUCCCUACAGAUAACAUCCCUAAAUGGUAUGACUUGCCGUUUUACAAGGAGCUCACUGAGGCACAUAGAAAAGAGACUCUGCAUACAGAGGAGGUACAAUCAUGCCAGAAAGAGGCAGUUGAGCCCUCUCCCCCUACUGCUUCCAAACCCAUCCCUCCCCCUCCUCCACCAAAGGUCCUGCCAAAGCCCUCAGCCACUCCAGCUGAGAAAAGGUGCUCAUCAGAUGGAGGGGAAGGGCAUGCUGCCCCCUGGAGGCGCAACAGGUCCAGAGCAAAAAGCGCAAUUCCAGUCAAUCAGGCUGGGAUACAACCUCAAGACAACUAUUCAAAAGCAGUGGAUGAAAGCCUCUUGCUGGUCAAAAAGGAGGCUAAAUCUGUGGAAGUGAAAGCAGUGGAGGAAAUCAGCUCUUUGGCCUCUACUCCGUUCAGUAUCUGCCAGCUGAUGACUCCCCUUAUUCCCUCCAGACAACCAACAGAAACAUCAGAAAUCCUCCAAACAGUCCUCUCGCCCUCUGCUCUUGACCUUCCUCUUAGACCACACUCCGAGGCCAAGGUGACCCCUGAACCUCCAGUGAAGAGGGAGAGCUACAAGUCACUCGCCUCCAGCAUCCUCUUCAACCUCAAAGACAACAGGAAAAGGGUGAAGAGCCGCUACAGCCCACCUAAAUUCAAAACUGUAGAGUUGCCUGAAGGUGGUGCACAGUCUCCACUAUCAGAUCAAGUGAAACAUUCACAAGCUGGUUCUGAGGGCAAUGCAUCUGGCUUAAGCACUCCGGCCAUUCUGAGAGAUGGCCUGCCAGUUUGCAGUCCUAUUCUGGAGCCUACUGGAUCUCCAGUUGUUGGUCUUACAAAACACGACUCUGACAGGCCUCUGUCAGAUGAUUAUUUGCUGUCAAAUCUACUGCAAACCAAAACAGGUAGUCUUGGGGAAGAGGUCACCAUCUCCCCCAAUAUACACUCAAAAAAGAACAAGAGCCCCAACUCUAAAAAGCAAAACUACCCCUCUCUGAAUCUGUAUAAGAAAGCCAGCCCUGUUGACGGUGAUAUGAAAUAUCUUCAAUUCCCUCUGAGCACCAACACUCCUGCACACAUAGAUCCACCAACCAAGACAAGUGAAGUUUCAUCGCUCACGUUAAACAAAGAACUUUCUCCAAAGGCACUGCCAACAAACACAGAGCUUUCACCGAAUACUUUAAAUGUCAUCAAAGAUCGUUCACCCAUAAUUUCACCUCAUGCACUUGAAAAAGAGGGGCUGUCAUCAGGAGUUAAAAGACCCCCGAAUGUACCAGAGAAAACAAAACGGCUAGUGAAAGACACCAAAGACAAAGACUUUGGAGUGCAGCAAAAGGAAAAAGAUACUGCAGGCCAAGCCAUGAGCACAAAGGAUGUGAUCAGAGCAGCAAGGGAAGCGAUUAAUGCAGCCAAAAAUAAAGCUCUAUCAGCAACCCAUUCAGAUAGCAUUAGUAAGGCUAUGUCAGACCCAGACGAACAGAGGCAGAAAGAAGUAGAUGAGAAUGUUUUGAAAGAAACGUUUAGCAGCAAGAGGGAGAGUUUGGUUCAAGAUAACAACAUUUUAUCUCAAAAUACAAAUGAUACAACCAGUACAACACUGGUUGGUGAAAACAGUAACAUCAAGAAAGAGCCUCCGCCAGUUCCAAAGAGAAAUUUUGCUAAAUCGGACAUUCAAUUUGCUCUUGACAAACAGCAAACAUAUAAUGUUGACAAAGUCUCCAAUGGUGAUUCAGGAGAUGCAAAACUAGAUUUACCACCAAAAGAAAAUGAGUCUGUCCAGAAACAAGGCAAGCACAAGCAUAUAUUCUCAGCCAGACAGAACAACUAUAUCAAAUAUCAGAGGUAUGCAGUGACGGACGAUGAACAUGUAGAGGAGAUUGAGGAAGGCGACCCGAAUGUGAACACAAUAAUGGAAAAAGAUGAUGAGAUGAUGUCACAAAGAGAAAUAAGAGAUAGCGAACAUAUAAUUAAUGAUUUGCAGGCUUUGAAAGAGCUGGAGAGAGCAAGGCUUGGGGAUCGUAUUCUUGAAAAGAACAAACUAGGGGUUGUUAACAUAGAUGAGGAGACCAAGGCUAAGAAUGAUUUGAUCUCAAGGGAGCUUCGGAAUAUAAAGAGAGGCAUGCUGUCGAUGAGAGGAAACACAUCGGCUAAGAGAGAAAUAUUCUCAAACAAAGAGAAGGAGCAGAGCAAGCAGGAAGCUUUCACAAAGUUAGACGGUAAUGUCAUAGUGAAUAAAGCACUUAUAAAUGACAAUUAUGACAAAGCCAAAAUGGCACUUGAAGAGAUCAUCUCAGAAAGGCAGAGGAGAAAGAGUAAAACCACAGAGCAGGAUGCAAAUCCAGAUGAGAACGUUAGCGAUGAAAGUUUCGCAACAAGGCUACAGCAACGUCAGACAGCGAGGAAAGAUUCUAUGACAGAAGUCAGGGAAAAACACAAUGAUAGCACUUUUACACUUACAGAUGUAAGAGAGAGGCUUGGUGAUCUGAGAGACCAUAAUCACCUGAGACAGAUUUUGUCACAAACUGAACCCAGACUUGGUGAGACUCACAGAGCAGGUGGUUGGAUAGCACUACCUGGCAUGGACAAGACUAGCAAUGAGCUGAACACACUCCUCAAAACUAAAACUAAAUAUGUGAAUGAUAAAUUAACUGAUAGUCCUAGCUAUAUUUGUGAUAAUUCAGAGGUUAAUUUGAGGCAAGUAGCGAGACAGGUGUCUGAAGAGAGCGGAGAGUACCUGAUGAAUGAAACUGAUGGCAAAAAGUUAAAUGCUCCUCCUGUUCCUCCGAGGAGUAGAAAAGGAGGCAGUAGAAGAGAUUCAAACGUCACCAUGGAGAAAGAUGUAGUCGAUGAAAAUGACUUUAACAAAUAUGAGAAAAAUGAAAAUUGUGACACACGUAUAUAUGAGACGAAGACAGAUUCAGAAACACACAAAGUAGGUAGUGAAAAAUCUUUGCCCAGGCAAAGCCAAAUCAGUUCUGACAAAGACAGGUGGGAUGAGACUAAUGUGGCUAAUUCAAAAGCAUUCACUGCAACCGAUGCGGUGCGACAUGAGCCUGUUUCAACUUCAAACUUCAAGCAAUCAGAGUUCAGAGAAAAUGAUAAUAAGUCAAGUAACGUACAGACAUACAGCCCCACAAGGGAGGCCACAUUUGAAAACAGCAGCGCGCAGGCAAAGGAAACAUCCAAGAUAAAGCGAAAGGCCCCUUUUAAACCAGACCAUCUAAUCACGCCAGAUGACAAUGUAACUAAAAGUCUAGCAGCAGAAGAAGAAGCUGACAAAAUUGAUAGACCUAGGGAGGAUGUAAAUUUGGAUGCAGCCACUCUCACUGAAACCCCCAGACACAUAAUAUCACCGUUGCUGCUGGUAAAUGGUGUUAACAUCAACCAAAGCCCACCAGACCAAGCCAGCUUGUCCUCAAAGUCUUCCUACUUCUCCGUAGAGAGUGCAUUGCACAGAAACACUGAGUCCGAGACAAAUGUUUACCACUCACUGGAGAACUUGCUUGCAGAAGUGGAGGAGGUUGACGAAGCAAUUCAGAAUGUUUCACGAAAUACACAACCGGAUUCGGACAGAACAGAGUUGGAAUAUUAUUCUUUAAGUGAUCAUGAAAGUGAGCCAGAGGUUGUAAAGCGGCCGAUUAAAUCUCCUCAAAAAGAGGCUAAAGCACUGAACAAGGUCACCAAAGAAAGUGAAAAUACCGCCAGAGAUCCAAGUUUAGGUCAUGAUGACAAUAACUCAACAACGAUGUCACCCUCUAAUCCUUUCUCUCCGACUUUGGGGAUCCCUGCCUUGUUUAAAGUCAAAGAUAACACCUUCAGUAAUAAGUUGAUAAAGACUGUACAACCCUGGUCACCAAGAGGAAGUCUGAGUGGUUCAGAGAGGGGAGAGGAAGAGGCACAUCAAGUAAAGGAAAAUCCAGAACUCCCACUGGUGAUUGAAACUCUCACCGGUAACAGCACCUUAAUUCCAGCAGAAAUCUUUAAACCUACAGAGAUUUCAUUAAACCAGUCACCACCCCUGCUACUCUCACCUUCAAAUCUCCAAAAUGAAAACCUGAAGACACCCCAGGCUGGAUGUUUCCUCACUGUCCCACAGGAGGAAGACAGGUUUUCUGGGGUGAGUCCGUCAUCUGAAGGCGUGGAGAGCUUACCAACCAGCACAGGUGACACGGCUGAUGAGAUGACAAUGAACGCUGGAGGGCCGGUGGAGCGUCAAGUGACAAAGUUACCCAGCGAAUGCUCGGGCUCCACCUGCAGUGGUAAUGACAGCCAAACAGGGCUGCCCAAGCCCCCAGCUGUCUUACCCAAAUCUGAAAAGGCAGUUCUAAAAGCCAUUAAAUUGGCAAAUAGAAGAAUUAAGAAGGAAGAGGCCCAGAAGUCAACUCACAAGUCUUCUCAAAGCAGCAGCAAACACAGAUCAGAAAGACACAAGAGUGAGAGAUCUGAGCACAAAAGUAGCAGCAGUAGUAAAACUAGCAGGAGCAGCGAGAAAAAACAGAGAGAAAACACUGAUGAUGGUCAGACUCACAAUGAAAUCCACCAAAGCAAAAACAGCAAUGACCAGAAUGAGCAGCUACCGAGCAACAGUGAAAGCCAUCACAACCACAACCGGACAGAAAUGAGGCACAAGACUCGGAGAGAGAGCUACGAUUCGGUGGACAGCAGAGAGGCGCCUCCUAGAGUGGCAUCAGAAAGGCAGGGCCGCAGCAGCGACAGACAUGUCAGAGAUAAACCAGAGCAAAGACAUUACAGCAGCGACAGGGUUUUCAGUAAUGUCCCUGUGUACAAAGCUCACGUCAGCGACAGACCCAUGUCGGACCGACCCUUCCAACGGUCACAAAGUAUUGAUAGGUACUUGGGGGAUAAAGUAGAGCGCAGACUCAGUGCCGAUACAUCUGUCAGUGAGAAGCUUGAUCCCAGGACCCAGCGCAUUGAGAAAUCCAUCAUGGACGAGCUUCAACAGAGAGGCAGAGCCAGAGACAAGGCGAGCAGAGACAACCCGCUGAGGAGGAGUCACAGUAUUGAUGCGUACAGCACCGAAGUACCUCUUCCUUCACCCCUGUCCCGCCAGUCCAGCCACACUAGCCAGCUUUCUCGCCAGUCUAGCAUCGAGCACACAAUUGUUACGCAGUCCUUCCCUAUGACCCAGCGUAAGCUCCUCCAGGAUCCCGACUCAGGGCAGUACUUCUUUGUAGAUAUGCCAGUACAAGUCAAGACGAAAACCUUCUUUGAUCCUGAAACGGGAAGCUAUGUGCAGCUUCCAGUCCAGCCACCGGAGGGCGCUGUUCCUCAGCCGUCCCCCAUGGAGGUCUUGACCCCGCCGAUGGUUGUUUACCACGGCUUUGUCCCAGUUCCUCUGUCCCCCAUGGCUCGGAAAGCCACCAUCCAAGCACCUCAUAUGAAACCGGAUGAGUUUGAGCAGAGGCACCUUGAAAGGUCACGGCAAAUGCUCUGCAAGGAGGGACGUCCAUAUUUAGAGCCAGUAUAUGGUCAACACGACCACAUGUUGGGGGAGUUUAUGGGCACUGAGGAGCUGGACUGUCCAAGCUGAUAGAGCAGGAGGUUUGAAAGGAAUAACCCUCCCUUCACUAAUGCUGUUUUGUAUCAUCAAAUUGUGGUGUUCAUUGCAUUCCAGGAGCUAUUUUUGUGAUGUUUUUGACAUGGUAUACCUUUUUUCAACAGAUCUUAUCGACAUUUACUUCAGUUAGUGAUUUUCUACAUUUUCUAGAAGGCUUAUAGACCAGCAAAAAGAUAUCAGUAAUGAAUUUCUCCCUGAAUGGAUUGAUUCUUGGAAACUGGUACUAAACAACUCUAGGAAGGAGUCCUUGGGCUUCUAAAUAUUUUCUGCUGUUAAACACCAUCACAAAUAUCUUCUUGUCAUGUUCGACCUGUUAUAGUCAGAAUGAAAAAAGUGCACCAGAAAAUGCCACUAAAGUGGUCCCAGAAAUGCAAAGUACAUCACCAACAGUGCUAAAGUGUUUCAGGUUAGAUUUUUUUUCUUUGUUUUCUCAUUUCAGAUCUUUGGCUCUGAUUUUGCUUUACUUGCCUUAAACUUUUUUUUUAAGACACUGAAGCUAUGCCAGCUUUGUGAAGCUACUGAGGUCUCUCCUGAGUUUGUAAAGACGAUUGACUUUGACUUUAGAGUAAACUGACAAGAAUAAUGAAUUUGUAGAUGAAUGAUAUUUGUUGAAUGCAAUUAUUUCAAUGUGUAUUAAAGGAAUUAUGUAAGAUAAUGUGCAAUUUUUGAGAAAGACUAAGAGGACAUGGAUGAUCCAUGUACAUAAUGUAUCUAAGUGUAAACAGAGAGGGCAAGACUGAAUGUAAGAUGUUUAUUUAUUGUAAAUGCUGACAGUUUGUUAAAUACAAUGGUGGUGUUGGGUCUCCACUACUUUUCAGGUAUUGUGGCUUUUUGUUUUCUUACCUGCUAAGUUUGCCAUCUUGAGAUUUCUUUUUUCACCUGACAGUUCGAAGUCAUUUAAGUUAUCAUUAUAUAAAUUUGAAAUAAAAACUAAAUUAACUGAAGGAAUUGUCCUUGAUUUGUAUGUUUAUGAUCUCGACUUGUCAUGUCCACACAGCUAAAUUUUCAAAACAUUUUGCAUGCAAAGUUAAAAUUACACCUGUUAAGUCUGUUUUAUACGUCCCAGAUUUCAUUUCUACUGUCUAAAAGCUUGAACUGGCAUUAUUGCAAUGACUGUUUUGUUGUUGUUUUUUUUAAUAUGCAGAGGACAUGAAGGUGAAUCGGUUUUGCAAGUUUGUUGCAUUUGCAUUUUUUCUAAACUAGAAUCGAGCAGGGCUGUCUUGUGUCUGUGAUCCAUUCCAAUAAAAAAACAACUGUUGUA